AAAAAAAAAAUCAGUCAUUGAAAACUCUAAUUAGCAGAGUUCUAUAUUAUUCUGACACACAAGGGGCCACCAUGCGUCAAUAGCAACUGGUUUAGUUUUUUGGUUUAUGCACAUAUUAGAAAUACAAAAAGACUGAAAAUCAAUCGUAUAUUUCAAGAAAUUAGAAAAGGAACAAUUUGAAACCAAGGAAAAGUAGAAGGAAAUCAUAAAGAGCAGAAAUUAGAGACGAAAGAAAUGUAUAAGAGUAUCAACAAAGCCCGAAGUUCACAGUUUAUUCUUUGAAAAGACUAAUAAAAUUGAAAAACCUCUAGUGCAACUAAAAAACAAAAAGGCACAAAUAACCAAUACCAGAAAUGAAAAAGGAACCAUCACUACAAAUUCUGCAGCCAUUAAAAAGGACUAUAAAAGUUUUAUGAAGAAUUUUAUAUUAAAUGGACCCAACACCAGAAAAAUAUAAUUUAUCAAAAUUGAUGUAAGAGGGGAAAAAACUGUAAAAGAAAAAAAAAAAACUGAAAAUUCUGAGAAAAUUGGAAAUUUGAGCACUGGUGCUACUUGACUAUCAGUCUUUUUAAUUUUUGCCAAGCCACAGUACUCCUCCGUGGUACGAGUGGAAAGCUGAGAGACUUCUAAACAAUCCAAAGAGCUGGUCACCUCAGCCUGGUAGUUACUGAUCUUGCUCCCUGCGCCUCAGGCAUUUCCCGCCCCCCUGCUCUUAAGAACCAAUCAUCGAGCUUGGCUCUGACCUGGGACCAAUCAGCGAGCUCGGCUCUGGCCCUUCCUCCCCGAUGUCCCUUGGUGGAGGUGGCGCCAUGUUCAAAGGGCAGCGGGGUUGGUUCUGUGGCAGCGUUAGCCCGGAUCUGAGGCAGUUCUGGGUGGCCGAAGGGGGGACGAUCAGUGACGCGCGGGCCGCCGACUUCUUGUUCAGCUGUGACGCCUCACACCCAGACACGCUGAGAAUAUAUCAGAGCACUGAUUAUAUGGAAGAUAACGCUACAGUGUUUCAUGCCUACUAUCUCUCUGCAGUAGCUAAUGCUGAAAUAAAAAACUCAGUGACAUUAGGUCAUUUCAUUCUUCCUCCUGCCAGCUUGCAAAAAGAAAUAAGAAGAAAAAUUGGUAAUUUUAUUUGGGAACAAGACCAACAUUCCUCGAUAGAAAAGCAUGAUGCAGUAAAACCAAAUGAAACAAAGACCGCUAAGGAAAGCAGUGAAGUAGCAACAGAGCACAACAAAGAAUUAUCCAAAAGCAGAGAAAAGCAUUUGGAAAGGACUCCAGUUGUAGAAAAGCAGAUGUACUUCCCUCUUCAGAACUACCCAGUGAACAACAUGGUAACAGGCUAUGUGUCUAUUGAUGCCAUGAAGAAAUUUCGUGGAGAGCUACAUGACUUCAUUCCUGGAAGCUCAGGAUAUUUAGCCUACCAUGUUCAAAAUGAAAUUAACAUGUUUGCUAUAAAAAACAAAUUGAAGAGGAAAUGCUAAGUUAGAUUUCCUUUAUAUCUGGGCACCAGUAUUUUCUAUAAAAUAUUAACAAAAUUGUGCAUAAUGUAAAAUGCUCCCCUUUGGGACUAGGAGAUGGGGAAAUGGGGGAGAAUUCGUCUUUUUCUUCCUCAAAAUGUGUCUUUAGGAAAUCCAGAACCUUUUUGGCUCUGUGUAAUGAGUGGCAUUUGGACUGGACUGUUACCUCAGUUUCUAACAUUACAUUCCCACAGUGUUUAUAGAGUCAUUGUCAUCAAAACAUGCUUCAUAAAAAGUCCUCUCAAGUGCUUUUUUGGUAUGAACACUAAUUUUACAUAUUUGGGUUUUUAUACGUAUAUACACACACACACAUGUUUCUGGGUUUAAUAUUGUGAAUGCUAAGCCUUCUGAUUCUGGUCAUCUUAUUUAAGAAAGCUUAGAAUGCCAUAGUUGAGUUCUGAAUUACUGUUUCUUACUUUAAAAAUGUGGAGUAAUUUUUUUCUCUAUUAAAAUUGAGAAAUAAAGCAUUUUAAUAAUUCAGACUUCAUUGUGGAUGGUUUCUGAAAUGAAAGCUUGAAAGGUGACUUGCUUAGGGUGACUAAAAUCUAACCGGUGGCUAAAUGAGGACUGGAACGCAAUCCUUCUGAUCUUCCAAGCUAGCCCUUCCCACCUGUCCCUCACUGUGUGCUGUAGUCAGUGUGUCGGGUGUAACAGGACAGCACAUCUGCAAGGGGGCCCGGAAAUACGCCAACAUGCCUGACUGGUGUUUCAAAUAAACUGGGACGCAGUGAUUUCAAGUAGGCAACUUAUCCUUAUUCACAUGGUCAUGCUAUAUAGAGUCUGGUGGGUUUAGUUGAUUUUAGAAAUUUAUAAGUAAAAUACUAUUUGUGAAGCUAUCAUCUCGUUAGAGCUGUACUUCUUCCUAGGAAGUACAUGUCAGCAACAGAAUUGUCUGAAAAAUGCACACUUUCUUAAGUGUUUGGAUUCAUUUGGGUGUAUGUGGGCCCUGGCUUUUCUCCCAUGACUCCAAUUGCAUAAUAUAAAAUUUUAGCACUACCUCAGCAUUUGAGAGUUUUAUUUUUCCUAUAUGGUAAUUUUUACUUGUAUUCAUACCUGUGGUUAAACCCUUCUGAAUUUGUAAAUAGAAAAAGACUAGACAUUAAUAACCUUUUCCUGAAACAUAUUAAUAUUAUCUUUCGAUACUUUAUCUUAGUCACGUUCACUUGACUAUGUUUCUUAUAUAGGAGCCAAGCCUAUUUGUGGAUCUUAAUUAUUAAAGGGAUUAAAUAAAUUUACACCAAGUUGUGUAUGUUGGGAUUUCUUGGAAGGGAAUUUUCAGUAUUUAGGAAAUUUUUCUGACAUAUACUGUAUAUGUUAACAUAGUCAAUCAUAACUACACCUGUUUUCAAACAAAAGUGAUUAUGUCUUUAUGUGUGUAUAGAAAAAGCCAGAUGCAGUACAUAGCUUUGAAAUACUGCCAGAAGCAAUAAAAUUAAUUGAUAACAUAAAUCUUUCAGGAGUUGAAAGCAUAUGAAGACGUAAAAUAAGCAAAGAUAAACUAUUUGUUUUGUUAAGUUUAUUGUCUUAAAGCGAAGUGAAAAGUAGUAUGAUUUCAAUUAUUUGUCAUUUAAGCUGUUUCUUCUUAUUUGCCCUAAAAUAUCUGAUCAAUAUUGCCUUUGGUCUAUCUUAUAAAAAAUAUUCCCUCCACCUUUAGGACUUCCGGUUAUUUCUCCACCCUUUGCGCAACUGUGUUUCCUCUAGGCACAGUCGUUUCUCACACUGUUUAAUUUAGUGUGUUGUUUUAGUCAUAUUAUUUCUUUCAUCGUUUGUAUCCAGAUUAUUUUUUCUCUCUAGUUUUUGGUAGGAUUUUGUGUAAUUAAAUAAGUUAUGAGUCUCUGGCAGAGUCUGCUAGUUAUUUCUGAAUGUCUUUCUUCUCUCUUUCGUGAUGAUAGAACCUCUAAUUUAUAUCUGAGCACAAGCUACCUAGAUGAAGUCCACAUUCUCAGUCUUCCUUGAAAUUAAGUAUGGCGAUGUCAUAAAAUUUUGGCCAAUGUAUGUAAAGUGAAAAUAGUAUCUGAGAACUUUCCUUAAAGAUAUUCGAUGCCCACCCUUUGUCCCUUCUUCCAUCUUGAUAACUAGAAUGGGGAUAUGAUAGCUGCCAUCUUGAACUGUGAGAGGCAGAACCACACCCUAGGGUUAGCAAAGUAGUGAGCUGGAAGGAGUCUCGGGUCCUGAGGACAUUAUGGGGAAUUUUGCCAUCCCAGCCCUAGUUUUGGAAUACCAUUUUCUUUCUUUAAAGACUGUCUUGACCUAGUUUCAAGUUCCUGUGAAUCCAGUCCAUUCCUUUUUACGAGCAGCUGAUUAAGUCUACUAUCCAACGACUUAUCAGAUUCUUACACUCCUGGGCUAUUGUGCACCCAUCCUAAUUGCCCUGGGGCCAGGUACCCAACGACUAGGGACAGCCCCUAUGCCCCUGGAGUCUGCAGAAUUAUUCAGAAUGCCCAGUCCUCAGGAAGCCCUCAAAACCUAGCUAACCCCCCGUCCUUCCAUACAUAAGCCCUCUCCUACAAUUCCAACUUCUUGUUACCUUGUCUGCAGGUGUAGCCCUGCAUCGUGGCGUGCUGUGCCUCCCUGUCUCUGGGAAUCAUGAGUAUAACAGACCUACUUACUUUUCAUGGCCCCCCUGACUCCUCUUUCCCACAUCACACCUGACUUAUCAGCCCACACAUUUGUCAGAGCAGGGCUGCCUAUCUCUAGACAUUUAUGUGGCAGAGAAAUUAACUUCUGCUUUGUUUAAGCCACUAUAUUUUUGUCUCUUGGUGCCAAAGUAAUCAUAAUUGAGCUUUAAGGGCAGGCUACUGACUUUUUAUGGGAGUGAAUUGUGUGGAAGAUACUGGUUACUUGGACCUGUAAAAUGUUGACAGGUCUGUGGCCCUGAAGUUAUGUAGUUAAAAAAAAAAAUGUAGAUAGCACAUGUUUAUUAGAUUUAUAACAGCUUUAGCAGAAGAUCGUUCUUUGAAAUGGAGUGUUUGGUUUUAAACUGUUACUUAACAGAGUGACAACCUGAAAAUAUCCUCAGGGUUUAAUAAUAAAUGAAUAGAAUAUCACCUUAAAUCAUUUUGCAUCAAUUUAAUGAAGUAACCAUUUUUUAAUUUUUAACAUCUUUAUUAAGAUAGAAUUCAUAUAUCACACAGUUCACUUGUGUAAGUGUGCAAUUCAGUGGUUUUUAGUAUAUUGGCAGAGUAGUAAAACCAUCACUACAAUCUAAUUUUAGAAUAUUUUCAGGACCCCAAAAAGAAACCCUAUACCCAUUAGCAGUCGCUUCCCACUCCAGGCCUCCGCACCCACACCCCAGCCCUGGGCAGCUACUAAUCUGCUUUCUGCUGCUUGUGGCCUUGCCUCCUCUGGGUAUUCUGUAUGAAUGGGAUCAUGUGUGUGAAUGGCUCCUUUUGCUCAGCAUAAUGUGUUCAAGGACAUCAUGUGGCAGUGUGUAUCAGUACUUCAUUCCUUUUUAUUGCCAAGUGUCAUGGAUUGAAUUGUAUCCCCCCAAAUAUCUGUCAACUUCUCUAGGCCAUGAUUCCCAGUACUGUGUGAUUGUCCACCCUUUUGUCAUGUGAUGUGAUUUUCCUAUGUGUUGUAAAUCCUACCUCUAUGAUGUCAAUGAGGUGGGAUUAGCGGCACUUAUGUUAAUCAGGCAGGACUCAAUCUACAAGAUUAGGUUGUGUCCUAAACCAAUCUCUUUUGAAAUACGAAAGUGAGAAGCCAGCAGAGAGACAUGGGGACCUCAUACCACCAAGAAACAAGAGCCAGGAGAAUAGUGUGACCUUUGGACCCGGGAUACCUGCACUGAGAAGCUCCUCGACCAGAAAAGAUUGAUGACAAGGACCUUUCCCCAGAGCUGACAGAGAGAGAAAGACUUCCCCUGGAGCUGGCAGCCUGAAUUUAGACUUCUAGUCUUCUACACUGUGAAAGAAUAAAUUUCUCUUUGUUAAAGCUAUCCAUUUGUGGUAUUUCUGUUAUAGCAGCACUAGAUAACUAAGACACCAAGUAAUAUUCCAUUGUAUGAAUAUACCACAUUUUAUUUAUUUAUUCAUCAUGGAUGGACAUGUAGGUUGUUUCCACUUUCAGCUAUUAUGAAUAAUGCUGCUAUGACAAUUUCACGUACAAGUUUUUGUAUGGAUGUGUGUUUCAUUUGUGGGGGUAUCUAUCUAGGAGUGGAAUUGCUGGGUCAUAUGGUGACUCUGUGUUUAACAUUUUGAAGAACUGCCAGACUUUGCCAAAGUGGCUGUAUAAUUUUGUGUUCCCACCAGCUCUGUAUGAGGGUUUCAAUUUCUCCAUAUCUGUAUCAACACUUGUUACCAUCUAUCUUUUUGAAUAUAGGCAUCCUAGUGGAUGUGAGGAAACCCUGGUGGCAUAGUGGUUAAGAGCUACGGCUGCUGACCGUAAAGGUUGGCUGUGUGAAUCUGGAAACUCUAUGUGACAGCUCUACUCUUCCCUACAGGGUCGCUGUGAGCUGGAAGCAACUUGACGGCAAUGGGUUGGGGUUUUUUUUUCGUGUGUGUGGUUGUGAACUGGUCUAUCACUGUGGUUUUGAUUUGUAUAUCUCUAAUGGCUAAUGAUGUUGAGCAUCUUUUCACAUACUUAUGGGCCAUUUGUAUAUCUUCUUUGGAAAAAUGUUUAUUCAGAUCCUUUGCCCAGUUUUUAAUUGGGUUAUUUGUCUUUUUAUUGUUGAGCUGUAAGAGUUCCUAUGUAUUCUGGAACUAGAUCCUUAUCAGAUAUAUGACUUGCAAAUAUUUUCUCCCAUUCUGUGGGUUGUCUUUUCAUUUUCUUGAUGGUAUGGUUUGAAGCACAAAAGCUUUUAAUUUUAAUAAAGUCUAAUUUAUUUAUUUUCUUUUGUUGCAUGUGCUUUGGUUUUUGUAUCCAAGAAGGCUUUGCAUAACCCAAGAUUUACUUCUAUAUUUUUUCUAAGAGUUUUAAACUUUUAAUCUUACAUGGUCUAUGAUUCAUUUUGAGUUAAUUUUUGUAUAUGGGGUGAGGUAAGGGUCCAAAUUCAUUCCUUUGCAUGUAAAUAUCCAGUUCCGGCACCGUUUGUUGAAAAGACUAGCCUUUCCCCCUUUGAGCUGUCUUGGGGAGAAAAAAAGAAAAAACAGUUGCUGUCAAGUUGGUUCCAACUCAUAGCAGCUCCGUGUGUCAGAAUAGAACUGUGUGUGCUCCAUAGGAUUUUCAAUGGCUGAUUUCUUAGAAGUAGAUCACCAGGCCUUUCUCUCAAGGUGCCUCUGGAUGGACUCGAACCACCAACCUUUCAGUUAGCAGCUGAGCAUGUUAACCAUUUGGACCACCCAGGGACUCCCAUUUUUAAAUGUUAUUUUUCUGAUUAUGUGUAAUGUAGUCUUAUAAAAAAAUUAAACAUAAAUAUAUAAUAUGAAAAGUAAAAGACUCUUAGAAUGCCACCUCGAAAGAUAAUAACUGCCAACACUAUAAAUGAGUGCAUUUGAAUAAUUGAUCUCUAAGGGACCUUCCAGCCUUCCAAGUCUAUAAAA